AUGGCAGAGCAAAGUGAUCUUUUGUUUGAUUUGCUGGAAACAGGAAGUUGUGGUCAUCAUGAAAUGAUACCCUAUCAAGAAACUAUACAACAUCAUAUUUUACCUCAUUCCACGUUACCAAAUGGAAUUCCUCCAGUGUUACCAAAGUUAAAUGAUCAAUUAGAGGAAUAUCUAAAAUGUUUAGAAGAUUUACCAAUACAUGAUAUAAAUAGAGCUCAAAGAUGUUGGUCUCGUGAUAAGAAAGCUGAAAGAUUAUAUUCUGUUGAUGUCUGUCCUGUUCAAACCACAAUACAAGUUGAUCGUAAUCCAACUACAGGGCAACUUAUUGGUUUUAAAGAGAGUGGUAUAAAAGAUAUUGGUAAAUUAGCCAAUAAUUCAUUAUCAUUACAUAGAACACCAGGUAAUAAUUAUGAUGAUAUACGUGGCAGUACAACCAAUUACCCAUUUUGGCCAGGUGGAAUGGAUGAACCAAUAAUAGACAAUAUUAAUCAGACUGAUAGUCAAUUAGGUCUGAAUUUAUCUACAGAGUUAUUGAGUACUGCUCCUAACAUGCCAGCUGGUAUGGUAUUUAAAGAGAAAGAAGAAAGUAUAGAUAAUUUUAACACUAAAGAAGAUGUUAACAUCAAUAAACUAGUAGAUAUUCUGGCUUUAGAUGAUUUUGAUAUAGAUCUAGGUGAUAGUGAUGAUGACAAUCAUAAUGAAGAGGAGGUAAAAGAAUUAUUAAAUAGUUCUGUGAAUGAAGAUUUGGAAAAACUAGUCCAGCUUGAGGAAAAAGGAGAUGAAAUCAAACCUAAAGUGACUCCAGUGAAAGAAGAAUGGGCUAUUAAGAUAGAUACCAAUCAUCCUGUAGAUGAUUUUUAUAAGAGAAUACCACAGAUGGCCAAAACAUGGCCAUUUGAACCAGAUAUCUUUCAAAAACAGGCUAUUUUACAUUUAGAGAAUAAAGACAGUGUAUUUGUUGCUGCUCAUACGUCAGCAGGGAAAACAGUCAUAGCUGAAUAUGCCAUAGCUCUUUCAUUAAAACAUAUGACUAAGACAAUCUAUACAUCACCAAUAAAAGCUUUAUCUAACCAAAAAUUUCGAGAUUUUAAACAGACAUUUACUGAUGUUGGUUUAGUAACUGGUGAUGUUCAGUUAAAUCAAACAGCUUCAUGUCUUAUUAUGACUACAGAAAUUCUCAGAUCUAUGUUAUAUAAUGGUAGUGAUAUUAUAAGAGAUUUGGAAUGGGUUGUUUUUGACGAAGUACAUUACAUAAAUGAUUCUGAGAGAGGUGUUGUAUGGGAAGAGGUACUAAUUAUGUUACCACAACAUUGUAAUGUUAUAUUAUUGAGUGCUACGGUACCAAAUACUAUGGAAUUUGCUAACUGGGUAGGACAAAUAAAACGUAAGAAGAUUUAUGUUAUAAGUACUCCUAAACGUCCAGUACCAUUAGAACAUUAUCUAUAUACUGGUAAUAGUAAUAAAACUAAUAAUGAACUCUUUUUAUUAAUUGAUGAAAAAGGCAAUUUUCUAACUACAGGAUAUAAUAAAGCUAUGGAAGCUAAGAAAGAAAGAGCAACUAAAAGAUCUCAGAGUUUUGGUGCCAAAGUUAAUAGAGGUGCUAAUCCAUCUCAGGAAAAGAAUAUAUGGCUAUCUGUGAUAGAAAUGUUAAAAAAGAAAGAUAAAUUACCAGCUGUAGCCUUUACAUUCUCUAAAAGAAAAAUAGAUGAGAAUGCCUAUCAUUUACAGAGUUUAGAUUUAACUUCUACUAGUGAGAAAAAUGAAAUUCAUGUCUUCUUCCAAAAAUCUAUUAAUAAGUUGAAGGCUCCAGAUAGAACUCUACCACAAGUUAUAUUAAUGGCUGACAUGUUAAAACGUGGUAUUGGUGUACAUCAUAGUGGUAUAUUACCCAUAUUAAAAGAAGUUGUAGAAAUGUUAUUUGGUAGAGGUCUUGUAAAGAUCUUAUUUUCAACAGAAACAUUUGCAAUGGGUGUUAAUAUGCCAGCUAGAACUGUGAUAUUUGAUUCUAUAAGGAAACAUGAUGGAACCAACUUUCGGAACUUAUUACCAGGAGAAUAUAUACAGAUGGCAGGACGAGCUGGUAGACGUGGUCUAGAUACUACUGGUACAGUUAUUAUAUUAUGUAAAGGAGAUGUUCCUGAAGCUUCUGAACUACAUCUUAUGAUGUUGGGCAAACCAACCAAAUUAGAAUCUCAAUUCCGUUUGACAUAUUCUAUGAUACUGAAUUUGUUAAGAGUUGAACAGUUACGUGUUGAAGACAUGAUGAAAAGAAGUUUUUCUGAAUUUCACAGUCAGAAAGAUACAAACAAACAUAAAGAAGCUCUAGAGUUAUUAAAUAAAGAUAUAGCACUUAUAAAAGAUAUAGAAUGUUUCAUGUGUUCUGUGGAUUUAGAGAAAUAUUAUGAAGCCUGUAGUAAUUAUUUACAACUUAAACGUGAAUUACAGUUGUUGAUAUUGACUCAUCCUAUAGCAAUGAAAUCAUUAGGUCCAGGCAGAGUAGUAAUCAUAAACAAUUCCAAAUUAAAGUUUGUGCUAGGUGUAAUACUAAACACUUUUACUGGUGACCAAAAUGUACGACUGUUUACUGUGUUGGUACUGUGUGAAAAAAACUCAGAUAAUGAAGAACAUGAGAGUAAUAGUAACUAUAAUACUAUGACUAUAACACCUAUACUAGCAAAUAAACUCUACCAACCAGAUGGACCAUGCAGUAGUAAAAUAGAAACAGUUAGAGGGGAUGAUAUAGAUGUUAUUACAGUUAAAACUAUUAAAGUAGAACCUGAUAAAAUCAUUGCUGAUAUCAAGAAAAGACAACAAGCCAGAUUUAAAGAUAAUCCACCAAGUAAAUCAGUAUCAGUCGUUACUCAGGAAUUAUUGAGAUUAACAGAAGCUAAUCCUAAAGGAUUAAAAGGCUUAGAUCCAAUAAAAGAUUAUAGGAUUAAAGACAUAGAUUAUAUGGAACAGUUCCGAUCUUUGGAGUACUUACAUGAUUCUUUUAAAGAUUUCCAAUGUGUUCAUUGUCCCAACUUUCUUGAACAUUUUAAUGAAAUAAGAAAGAAUAUGGAAUUAAAAAUGAAAUAUAAAGAAUUAAGAUAUCUCUUAUCUGAUGAUAGUUUAAUUUUAUUACCUGAAUAUCAACAAAGGAUAGAGGUAUUAAGAGCAUUGAAUUAUAUAGAUGAACAUAACACAGUACAAUUAAAGGGUAGAGUAGCUUGUGAAAUAAGUACACAUGAGUUGAUUAUUAAUGAAUUAGUGUUUGAGAAUAUUUUAACAGAUCUUCACCCAGCUGAUAUAGCGGCCAUCUUGUCAUGUAUGGUGUUUGAACAAAAACAAUGUGUAUCACCAAACCUUACCACAGAAUUAGAAAAGGGAAGAGAUCAUAUAAUAAAAAUCGCUACCAAGAUCAGUGAUCUACAAAAAUCAUUUGGUAUACAAACAGAGGAUGAUUAUGUAGAAAAAUUCAAAUUUGGUUUAAUGGAGGUUGUUUUUGAAUGGGCAAGAGGACUGCCCUUUGCUGAAAUAACCAAAUUAACUGAUGUACAAGAAGGUAUUAUUGUACGAUGUAUACAACGUUUACAUGAAACAUUACGUGAUGUUAGAAAUGCUGCUAGAAUAAUUGGUGAUCCUGUUUUAUAUCAGAAAAUGGAAGAGGCUUCAAACAUUAUUAAAAGAGACAUUGUUUUUGCUGCUAGUCUUUAUACUCAAUAGUUGACAAAAAGAUAACUGACAUGAGCUUACUUAACUAUAACUAUUAACUCUAAUUAAAUUAUAAAACAGUGGACACUCUAGAGUCAUUUUCAACAAGGUAUAACAAAGUUCAUCUUAUAACUUGAUAUCAUUUUCUUUGUUUUGGUAUAUUAAACGAUUGCCAGUUUCUUAGUACAGGAAUCAUGACAAAUGAUAUUUCUAAUCUUAAUUGAAUUGAGGAAGAUAACCUGUGAUACAAAUAAUUUUUAAACAAAAUGAAUUUUUAUGUUUAUUUCAAAAAAUUAAAAUUGCAAUUAUUAACAGUUUAACUCAUAGUAUCGAUGCAUUGUGCUGCAUAGAAAUAAUUAUGCAGUUACAGUUUUGGUCUUUUACAAUUGAAAUAUUUAAGUAAAUUUCAAGUGAUAAUUCAGAAAAUAGGUUUCCAAAUAACUGUUUGUUUUUAUAACUUGUUGAAUUAUCAAUUGGAAAAGAGUAAUAUAUGAACCAACUGGUGAUUGUGAUGUUACUACUAAAUAUGUAGCCUAUGGAUUUUUGUAAGUCAUCAGGAAUCUUUGUAUACAUUAAAGUUAAAAUAUCAAUGCAUUUAGACUAUAUUUAUUAGAACAAAUUAAUGAAAUGACCCCAUUACAAAUAUAAUUUAUUUUGGAAAUAGAAUCUAUUCCCCAUUUGAUUUGUUAUUAUUUGUUAUUUUAUGCACUGAAUGAAAUAUUGUUUGUUAUUGGUGAUUGUAUAUUCAUGUGUUCUGUUUAUCCCUUCAAUUUAAAUGGGAUGUAAAACUCAAAUAAAACUUAAAUGCUUAA